AUGGUUGCAUGGGCGGGGAUGGUUGCAUGGGCGGGGGAUGGUUGCAUGGGCGGGGAUGAGUGCAUGGGCGGGGAUGGUUGCAUGGGCGGGGAUGGUUGCAUGGGCGGGGAUGGUUGCAUGGGCGGGGAUGGUUGCAUGGGCGGGGAUGGUUGCAUGGGCGGGGAUGGUUGCAUGGGCGGGGAUGGUUGCAUGGGCGGGGAUGGUUGCAUGGGCGGGGAUGGUUGCAUGGGCGGGGAUGAGUGCAUGGGCGGGGAUGAGUGCAUGGGCGGGGAUGGUUGCAUGGGCGGGGAUGGUUGCAUGGGCGGGGAUGAGUGCAUGGGCGGGGAUGAGUGCAUGGGCGGGGAUGGUUGCAUGGGCGGGGAUGAGUGCAUGGGCGGGGAUGGUUGCAUGGGCGGGGAUGGUUGCAUGGGCGGGGAUGGUUGCAUGGGCGGGGAUGGUUGCAUGGGCGGGGAUGGUUGCAUGGGCGGGGAUGGUUGCAUGGGCGGGGAUGGUUGCAUGGGCGGGGAUGGUUGCAUGGGCGGGGAUGGUUGCAUGGGCGGGGAUGAGUGCAUGGGCGGGGAUGAGUGCAUGGGCGGGGAUGGUUGCAUGGGCGGGGAUGGUUGCAUGGGCGGGGAUGAGUGCAUGGGCGGGGAUGGUUGCAUGGGCGGGGAUGAGUGCAUGGGCGGGGAUGGUUGCAUGGGCGGGGAUGGUUGCAUGGGCGGGGAUGGUUGCAUGGGCGGGGAUGAGUGCAUGGGCGGGGAUGGUUGCAUGGGCGGGGAUGGUUGCAUGGGCGGGGAUGGUUGCAUGGGCGGGGAUGGUUGCAUGGGCGGGGAUGAGUGCAUGGGCGGGGAUGGUUGCAUGGGCGGGGAUGGUUGCAUGGGCGGGGAUGGUUGCAUGGGCGGGGAUGGUUGCAUGGGCGGGGAUGGUUGCAUGGGCGGGGAUGAGUGCAUGGGCGGGGAUGGUUGCAUGGGCGGGGAUGGUUGCAUGGGCGGGGAUGGUUGCAUGGGCGGGGAUGGUUGCAUGGGCGGGAUGGUUGCAUGGGCGGGGAUGAGUGCAUGGGCGGGGAUGUGCAUGGGCGGGGAUGGUUGCAUGGGCGGGGAUGGUUGCAUGGGCGGGGAUGGUUGCAUGGGCGGGGAUGGUUGCAUGGGCGGGGAUGGUUGCAUGGGCGGGGAUGAGUGCAUGGGCGGGGAUGGUUGCAUGGGCGGGGAUGAGUGCAUGGGCGGGGAUGGUUGCAUGGGCGGGGAUGGUUGCAUGGGCGGGGAUGAGUGCAUGGGCGGGGAUGGUUGCAUGGGCGGGGAUGGGUGCAUGGGCGGGGAUGAGUGCAUGGGCGGGGAUGAGUGCAUGGGCGGGGAUGAGUGCAUGGGCGGGGAUGGUUGCAUGGGCGGGGAUGGUUGCAUGGGCGGGGAUGGUUGCAUGGGCGGGGAUGGUUGCAUGGGCGGGGAUGAGUGCAUGGGCGGGGAUGAGUGCAUGGGCGGGGAUGAGUGCAUGGGCGGGGAUGGUUGCAUGGGCGGGGAUGGUUGCAUGGGCGGGGAUGGUUGCAUGGGCGGGGAUGAGUGCAUGGGCGGGGAUGGUUGCAUGGGCGGGGAUGGUUGCAUGGGCGGGGAUGAGUGCAUGGGCGGGGAUGAGUGCAUGGGCGGGGAUGAGUGCAUGGGCGGGGAUGGUUGCAUGGGCGGGGAUGGUUGCAUGGGCGGGGAUGGUUGCAUGGGCGGGGAUGGUUGCAUGGGCGGGGAUGGUUGCAUGGGCGGGGAUGAGUGCAUGGGCGGGGAUGAGUGCAUGGGCGGGGAUGGUUGCAUGGGCGGGGAUGAGUGCAUGGGCGGGGAUGGUUGCAUGGGCGGGGAUGAGUGCAUGGGCGGGGAUGGUUGCAUGGGCGGGGAUGAGUGCAUGGGCGGGGAUGGUUGCAUGGGCGGGGAUGAGUGCAUGGGCGGGGAUGGUUGCAUGGGCGGGGAUGAGUGCAUGGGCGGGGAUGGUUGCAUGGGCGGGGAUGAGUGCAUGGGCGGGGAUGGUUGCAUGGGCGGGGAUGAGUGCAUGGGCGGGGAUGGUUGCAUGGGCGGGGAUGGUUGCAUGGGCGGGGAUGGUUGCAUGGGCGGGGAUGGUUGCAUGGGCGGGGAUGGUUGCAUGGGCGGGGAUGGUUGCAUGGGCGGGGAUGAGUGCAUGGGCGGGGAUGGUUGCAUGGGCGGGGAUGGUUGCAUGGGCGGGGAUGGUUGCAUGGGCGGGGAUGAGUGCAUGGGCGGGGAUGGUUGCAUGGGCGGGGAUGAGUGCAUGGGCGGGGAUGGUUGCAUGGGCGGGGAUGAGUGCAUGGGCGGGGAUGGUUGCAUGGGCGGGGAUGAGUGCAUGGGCGGGGAUGGUUGCAUGGGCGGGGAUGAGUGCAUGGGCGGGGAUGGUUGCAUGGGCGGGGAUGAGUGCAUGGGCGGGGAUGAGUGCAUGGGCGGGGAUGGUUGCAUGGGCGGGGAUGGUUGCAUGGGCGGGGAUGGUUGCAUGGGCGGGGAUGAGUGCAUGGGCGGGGAUGGUUGCAUGGGCGGGGAUGAGUGCAUGGGCGGGGAUGGUUGCAUGGGCGGGGAUGGUUGCAUGGGCGGGGAUGAGUGCAUGGGCGGGGAUGGUUGCAUGGGCGGGGAUGGUUGCAUGGGCGGGGAUGGUUGCAUGGGCGGGGAUGAGUGCAUGGGCGGGGAUGGUUGCAUGGGCGGGGAUGGUUGCAUGGGCGGGGAUGGUUGCAUGGGCGGGGAUGGUUGCAUGGGCGGGGAUGGUUGCAUGGGCGGGGAUGGUUGCAUGGGCGGGGAUGGUUGCAUGGGCGGGGAUGGUUGCAUGGGCGGGGAUGAGUGCAUGGGCGGGGAUGGUUGCAUGGGCGGGGAUGGUUGCAUGGGCGGGGAUGAGUGCAUGGGCGGGGAUGGUUGCAUGGGCGGGGAUGAGUGCAUGGGCGGGGAUGGUUGCAUGGGCGGGGAUGAGUGCAUGGGCGGGGAUGGUUGCAUGGGCGGGGAUGGUUGCAUGGGCGGGGAUGGUUGCAUGGGCGGGGAUGAGUGCAUGGGCGGGGAUGAGUGCAUGGGCGGGGAUGGUUGCAUGGGCGGGGAUGAGUGCAUGGGCGGGGAUGGUUGCAUGGGCGGGGAUGGUUGCAUGGGCGGGGAUGGUUGCAUGGGCGGGGAUGAGUGCAUGGGCGGGGAUGGUUGCAUGGGCGGGGAUGGUUGCAUGGGCGGGGAUGAGUGCAUGGGCGGGGAUGGUUGCAUGGGCGGGGAUGGUUGCAUGGGCGGGGAUGGUUGCAUGGGCGGGGAUGGUUGCAUGGGCGGGGAUGGUUGCAUGGGCGGGGAUGAGUGCAUGGGCGGGGAUGGUUGCAUGGGCGGGGAUGGUUGCAUGGGCGGGGAUGGUUGCAUGGGCGGGGAUGGUUGCAUGGGCGGGGAUGAGUGCAUGGGCGGGGAUGGUUGCAUGGGCGGGGAUGGUUGCAUGGGCGGGGAUGGUUGCAUGGGCGGGGAUGGUUGCAUGGGCGGGGAUGAGUGCAUGGGCGGGGAUGGUUGCAUGGGCGGGGAUGGUUGCAUGGGCGGGGAUGGUUGCAUGGGCGGGGAUGGUUGCAUGGGCGGGGAUGGUUGCAUGGGCGGGGAUGAGUGCAUGGGCGGGGAUGGUUGCAUGGGCGGGGAUGGUUGCAUGGGCGGGGAUGGUUGCAUGGGCGGGGAUGGUUGCAUGGGCGGGGAUGAGUGCAUGGGCGGGGAUGGUUGCAUGGGCGGGGAUGGUUGCAUGGGCGGGGAUGAGUGCAUGGGCGGGGAUGGUUGCAUGGGCGGGGAUGAGUGCAUGGGCGGGGGUGGUUGCAUGGGCGGGGAUGAGUGCAUGGGCGGGGAUGGUUGCAUGGGCGGGGAUGGUUGCAUGGGCGGGGAUGAGUGCAUGGGCGGGGAUGGUUGCAUGGGCGGGGAUGGUUGCAUGGGCGGGGAUGGUUGCAUGGGCGGGGAUGAGUGCAUGGCGGGGAUGUGCAUGGGCGGGGAUGGUUGCAUGGGCGGGGAUGAGUGCAUGGGCGGGGAUGGUUGCAUGGGCGGGGAUGGUUGCAUGGGCGGGGAUGGUUGCAUGGGCGGGGAUGGUUGCAUGGGCGGGGAUGAGUGCAUGGGCGGGGAUGGUUGCAUGGGCGGGGAUGGUUGCAUGGGCGGGGAUGAGUGCAUGGGCGGGGAUGGUUGCAUGGCCGGGGAUGGUUGCAUGGGCGGGGAUGGUUGCAUGGGCGGGGAUGGUUGCAUGGGCGGGGAUGAGUGCAUGGGCGGGGAUGAGUGCAUGGGCGGGGAUGGUUGCAUGGGCGGGGAUGAGUGCAUGGGCGGGGAUGGUUGCAUGGGCGGGGAUGGUUGCAUGGGCGGGGAUGAGUGCAUGGGCGGGGAUGGUUGCAUGGGCGGGGAUGGUUGCAUGGGCGGGGAUGGUUGCAUGGGCGGGGAUGGUUGCAUGGGCGGGGAUGGUUGCAUGGGCGGGGAUGAGUGCAUGGGCGGGGAUGGUUGCAUGGGCGGGGAUGGUUGCAUGGGCGGGGAUGGUUGCAUGGGCGGGGAUGGUUGCAUGGGCGGGGAUGGUUGCAUGGGCGGGGAUGAGUGCAUGGGCGGGGAUGGUUGCAUGGGCGGGGAUGGUUGCAUGGGCGGGGAUGAGUGCAUGGGCGGGGAUGGUUGCAUGGGCGGGGAUGGUUGCAUGGGCGGGGAUGGUUGCAUGGGCGGGGAUGGUUGCAUGGGCGGGGAUGAGUGCAUGGGCGGGGAUGGUUGCAUGGGCGGGGAUGGUUGCAUGGGCGGGGAUGGUUGCAUGGGCGGGGAUGGUUGCAUGGGCGGGGAUGGUUGCAUGGGCGGGGAUGAGUGCAUGGGCGGGGAUGGUUGCAUGGGCGGGGAUGGUUGCAUGGGCGGGGAUGGUUGCAUGGGCGGGGAUGGUUGCAUGGGCGGGGAUGGUUGCAUGGGCGGGGAUGAGUGCAUGGGCGGGGAUGGUUGCAUGGGCGGGGAUGGUUGCAUGGGCGGGGAUGAGUGCAUGGGCGGGGAUGGUUGCAUGGGCGGGGAUGGUUGCAUGGGCGGGGAUGAGUGCAUGGGCGGGGAUGGUUGCAUGGGCGGGGAUGAGUGCAUGGGCGGGGAUGGUUGCAUGGGCGGGGAUGGUUGCAUGGGCGGGGAUGGUUGCAUGGGCGGGGAUGGUUGCAUGGGCGGGGAUGGUUGCAUGGGCGGGGAUGGUUGCAUGGGCGGGGAUGGUUGCAUGGGCGGGGAUGAGUGCAUGGGCGGGGAUGGUUGCAUGGGCGGGGAUGAGUGCAUGGGCGGGGAUGGUUGCAUGGGCGGGGAUGGUUGCAUGGGCGGGGAUGGUUGCAUGGGCGGGGAUGAGUGCAUGGGCGGGGAUGGUUGCAUGGGCGGGGAUGAGUGCAUGGGCGGGGAUGGUUGCAUGGGCGGGGAUGAGUGCAUGGGCGGGGAUGGUUGCAUGGGCGGGGAUGGUUGCAUGGGCGGGGAUGAGUGCAUGGGCGGGGAUGGUUGCAUGGGCGGGGAUGAGUGCAUGGGCGGGGAUGGUUGCAUGGGCGGGGAUGGUUGCAUGGGCGGGGAUGGUUGCAUGGGCGGGGAUGGUUGCAUGGGCGGGGAUGGUUGCAUGGGCGGGGAUGAGUGCAUGGGCGGGGAUGAGUGCAUGGGCGGGGAUGGUUGCAUGGGCGGGGAUGAGUGCAUGGGCGGGGAUGGUUGCAUGGGCGGGGAUGGUUGCAUGGGCGGGGAUGGUUGCAUGGGCGGGGAUGGUUGCAUGGGCGGGGAUGAGUGCAUGGGCGGGGAUGGUUGCAUGGGCGGGGAUGGUUGCAUGGGCGGGGAUGGUUGCAUGGGCGGGGAUGAGUGCAUGGGCGGGGAUGGUUGCAUGGGCGGGGAUGAGUGCAUGGGCGGGGAUGGUUGCAUGGGCGGGGAUGGUUGCAUGGGCGGGGAUGAGUGCAUGGGCGGGGAUGGUUGCAUGGGCGGGGAUGGUUGCAUGGGCGGGGAUGGUUGCAUGGGCGGGGAUGGUUGCAUGGGCGGGGAUGGUUGCAUGGGCGGGGAUGAGUGCAUGGGCGGGGAUGGUUGCAUGGGCGGGGAUGGUUGCAUGGGCGGGGAUGGUUGCAUGGGCGGGGAUGAGUGCAUGGGCGGGGAUGAGUGCAUGGGCGGGGAUGGUUGCAUGGGCGGGGAUGAGUGCAUGGGCGGGGAUGGUUGCAUGGGCGGGGAUGGUUGCAUGGGCGGGGAUGGUUGCAUGGGCGGGGAUGGUUGCAUGGGCGGGGAUGGUUGCAUGGGCGGGGAUGAGUGCAUGGGCGGGGAUGGUUGCAUGGGCGGGGAUGGUUGCAUGGGCGGGGAUGGUUGCAUGGGCGGGGAUGGUUGCAUGGGCGGGGAUGAGUGCAUGGGCGGGGAUGAGUGCAUGGGCGGGGAUGGUUGCAUGGGCGGGGAUGAGUGCAUGGGCGGGGAUGGUUGCAUGGGCGGGGAUGGUUGCAUGGGCGGGGAUGGUUGCAUGGGCGGGGAUGGUUGCAUGGGCGGGGAUGAGUGCAUGGGCGGGGAUGGUUGCAUGGGCGGGGAUGAGUGCAUGGGCGGGGAUGAGUGCAUGGGCGGGGAUGGUUGCAUGGGCGGGGAUGGUUGCAUGGGCGGGGAUGGUUGCAUGGGCGGGGAUGGUUGCAUGGGCGGGGAUGGUUGCAUGGGCGGGGAUGAGUGCAUGGGCGGGGAUGGUUGCAUGGGCGGGGAUGGUUGCAUGGGCGGGGAUGAGUGCAUGGGCGGGGAUGGUUGCAUGGGCGGGGAUGGUUGCAUGGGCGGGGAUGAGUGCAUGGGCGGGGAUGGUUGCAUGGGCGGGGAUGAGUGCAUGGGCGGGGAUGGUUGCAUGGGCGGGGAUGGUUGCAUGGGCGGGGAUGGUUGCAUGGGCGGGGAUGGUUGCAUGGGCGGGGAUGGUUGCAUGGGCGGGGAUGGUUGCAUGGGCGGGGAUGGUUGCAUGGGCGGGGAUGAGUGCAUGGGCGGGGAUGGUUGCAUGGGCGGGGAUGGUUGCAUGGGCGGGGAUGGUUGCAUGGGCGGGGAUGGUUGCAUGGGCGGGGAUGAGUGCAUGGGCGGGGAUGGUUGCAUGGGCGGGGAUGAGUGCAUGGGCGGGGAUGGUUGCAUGGGCGGGGAUGGUUGCAUGGGCGGGGAUGGUUGCAUGGGCGGGGAUGAGUGCAUGGGCGGGGAUGGUUGCAUGGGCGGGGAUGAGUGCAUGGGCGGGGAUGGUUGCAUGGGCGGGGAUGAGUGCAUGGGCGGGGAUGGUUGCAUGGGCGGGGAUGGUUGCAUGGGCGGGGAUGGUUGCAUGGGCGGGGAUGAGUGCAUGGGCGGGGAUGGUUGCAUGGGCGGGGAUGAGUGCAUGGGCGGGGAUGGUUGCAUGGGCGGGGAUGGUUGCAUGGGCGGGGAUGAGUGCAUGGGCGGGGAUGGUUGCAUGGGCGGGGAUGAGUGCAUGGGCGGGGAUGGUUGCAUGGGCGGGGAUGGUUGCAUGGGCGGGGAUGGUUGCAUGGGCGGGGAUGGUUGCAUGGGCGGGGAUGGUUGCAUGGGCGGGGAUGAGUGCAUGGGCGGGGAUGAGUGCAUGGGCGGGGAUGGUUGCAUGGGCGGGGAUGAGUGCAUGGGCGGGGAUGGUUGCAUGGGCGGGGAUGGUUGCAUGGGCGGGGAUGAGUGCAUGGGCGGGGAUGGUUGCAUGGGCGGGGAUGAGUGCAUGGGCGGGGAUGGUUGCAUGGGCGGGGAUGAGUGCAUGGGCGGGGAUGGUUGCAUGGGCGGGGAUGGUUGCAUGGGCGGGGAUGGUUGCAUGGGCGGGGAUGAGUGCAUGGGCGGGGAUGGUUGCAUGGGCGGGGAUGAGUGCAUGGGCGGGGAUGGUUGCAUGGGCGGGGAUGGUUGCAUGGGCGGGGAUGAGUGCAUGGGCGGGGAUGAGUGCAUGGGCGGGGAUGGUUGCAUGGGCGGGGAUGAGUGCAUGGGCGGGGAUGGUUGCAUGGGCGGGGAUGGUUGCAUGGGCGGGGAUGAGUGCAUGGGCGGGGAUGAGUGCAUGGGCGGGGAUGGUUGCAUGGGCGGGGAUGGUUGCAUGGGCGGGGAUGGUUGCAUGGGCGGGGAUGGUUGCAUGGGCGGGGAUGGUUGCAUGGGCGGGGAUGAGUGCAUGGGCGGGGAUGGUUGCAUGGGCGGGGAUGGUUGCAUGGGCGGGGAUGAGUGCAUGGGCGGGGAUGGUUGCAUGGGCGGGGAUGGUUGCAUGGGCGGGGAUGAGUGCAUGGGCGGGGAUGGUUGCAUGGGCGGGGAUGGUUGCAUGGGCGGGGAUGGUUGCAUGGGCGGGGAUGGUUGCAUGGGCGGGGAUGGUUGCAUGGGCGGGGAUGGUUGCAUGGGCGGGGAUGGUUGCAUGGGCGGGGAUGAGUGCAUGGGCGGGGAUGGUUGCAUGGGCGGGGAUGGUUGCAUGGGCGGGGAUGGUUGCAUGGGCGGGGAUGGUUGCAUGGGCGGGGAUGGUUGCAUGGGCGGGGAUGGUUGCAUGGGCGGGGAUGGUUGCAUGGGCGGGGAUGAGUGCAUGGGCGGGGAUGGUUGCAUGGGCGGGGAUGGUUGCAUGGGCGGGGAUGGUUGCAUGGGCGGGGAUGGUUGCAUGGGCGGGGAUGGUUGCAUGGGCGGGGAUGGUUGCAUGGGCGGGGAUGAGUGCAUGGGCGGGGAUGGUUGCAUGGGCGGGGAUGAGUGCAUGGGCGGGGAUGGUUGCAUGGGCGGGGAUGGUUGCAUGGGCGGGGAUGAGUGCAUGGGCGGGGAUGAGUGCAUGGGCGGGGAUGGUUGCAUGGGCGGGGAUGGUUGCAUGGGCGGGGAUGGUUGCAUGGGCGGGGAUGGUUGCAUGGGCGGGGAUGAGUGCAUGGGCGGGGAUGGUUGCAUGGGCGGGGAUGGUUGCAUGGGCGGGGAUGGUUGCAUGGGCGGGGAUGAGUGCAUGGGCGGGGAUGGUUGCAUGGGCGGGGAUGGUUGCAUGGGCGGGGAUGAGUGCAUGGGCGGGGAUGGUUGCAUGGGCGGGGAUGGUUGCAUGGGCGGGGAUGAGUGCAUGGGCGGGGAUGAGUGCAUGGGCGGGGAUGGUUGCAUGGGCGGGGAUGGUUGCAUGGGCGGGGAUGGUUGCAUGGGCGGGGAUGGUUGCAUGGGCGGGGAUGGUUGCAUGGGCGGGGAUGAGUGCAUGGGCGGGGAUGGUUGCAUGGGCGGGGAUGGGCGGGGAUGGUUGCAUGGGCGGGGAUGA